AUGAAACAUAUUAUCAGUCCAUAUGAACACACCAACGACACGGCAAGAAACAAUUCCGAUUGCCCGGAUGUAGUUUUGCCAGAAGAGAUAUUUUUCACAAUCUCCAUCAUUGGCGUUCUGGAGAACCUGAUUGUCCUCCUGGCUGUGAUCAAGAAUAAGAAUCUCCAGUCCCCUAUGUACUUUUUUAUCUGCAGCUUGGCCAUUUCUGACAUGUUGGGCAGUCUGUACAAGAUAUUGGAAAACAUCCUGAUCAUGUUAAGAAACCGGGGUUAUCUCAAGCCUCGUGGCAAUUUUGAAAGCACAGCCGAUGACAUCAUUGACUGCUUGUUCAUCCUCUCUUUGCUGGGCUCUAUCUUCAGCCUGUCUGUGAUUGCUGCCGACCGCUACAUCACCAUCUUCCAUGCCCUGCAAUACCACAGCAUUGUGACCAUGCGCCGUACCAUCAUCACCCUAGCAGUAAUCUGGAUAUUCUGCACGGGGAGCGGCAUCGCCAUGGUGAUCUUCUCCCACCACAUCCCCACCGUGAUCACCUUCACGUCACUCUUCCCUUUGAUGCUAGUUUUCAUCCUGUGUCUCUACAUUCAUAUGUUCUUACUUGCCCGUUCCCAUGCUAGGAAGAUCUCUACUCUUCCUAGAGCCAACAUGAAAGGUGCCAUCACACUGACUAUCCUUCUUGGGGUCUUCAUCUUCUGUUGGGCCCCCUUUGUCCUCCAUGUCCUCUUAAUGACCUUCUGCCCGAAUAACCCUUACUGUGUUUGCUACAUGUCUCUCUUCCAGAUCAAUGGCAUGUUGAUCAUGUGUAAUGCAGUCAUUGACCCCUUUAUAUAUGCCUUUCGGAGUCCAGAGCUCAGGGAUGCAUUCAAAAAGAUGCUCUCCUGCAAUAGGUAUCAGUAG